CCCGCUUUUUAAAAAAAAUGGCCACAAAUCCACCAAAAUGAACAGCAGCAAAAUUAACGGGAGCGUGCCGCGGAAAGACAAUAACGUGAAAGAUGAGUGGAGUGCAUACGAAAAUUAUGGUGCUGGACAUGGGAAGAAUAACCAUGUCUGUGUGCACAUCCACAAUAACGUACACAUUUUUUACAACGCUGGCGAUGAUUUAUGUAGCAUCGAUAGGGUUAUAAAGGCGUCUAGCAAUAAUGUAAUAGACUUGGGCAUAUUUCAGAGUCAGAAAAGGGAUGUGCAAGACAUCGGACGAGUGAAGAACAGCUUCCACUUAAACAAGCCAAACGAGUUACACAGAGACAGUGGGUUACUUGCGUGGGAGAGUUGGUUCGACACUGGUGACGCAAAUGUUCACGGCUGGGGCGGAGCGGGUUGCAUUAGUGAUGCGGCUCAGAGGUACUUUACCACGUCCAGUUGCAACAAAAGUGCUGUUAACUGCAGCCACAGCUGCUCCCCACGGAAUGACACCAGCAUCUCCAGUCAUGUCAACCCAAGCAGUAGACACGAAUUCGCCUCUGCUCAGCAAAACGUGCCAUCUAACAAAAGUAUGUCAGAAGGCUUUAGCGCCUCAAGGCAUAAUCACAACAAGCAGUAUUUCGAAAAAGAGCACUUCACUAAGCAACUCAAUUUUUACGAUAAUGACUCGAAUGGGAAGAGCGCAAAGCUGACGGGAAAACACCGUCAGUUCAGCAACAACCACGAUGGGAGCAGAAUUUCCGUUUUGAAAACGAAAGACACAGGUGAAGUAAAUCUGCAAAGUCUACAUGCGGGUGGACCACACGAGGGGGGGAAGCAUACACAAAUUGUUAACAUUCCUCAUGGCAACCAUCGCCACCAUAGAAGUGACUGUGCAGUGGGGGAAUUGCAAAAUGGGAAGAGCGAGUUAAGUUAUAACAGCGCUAUAGACGCUUUCAUGAGCGGAGAAUAUGUCACUUGUGAAAACUUCCGUUGCGACGCGGAUGGUUUGGGAGAGCAUUCCAACAUAGGGGUGGUUGACAGUGCAUAUAAUUUUUCGGACACUACGGAGAGGUCCAGCACCUUCGGAAAAAGGGAAUUUACACAGGGAAGCUCGGCAAAUAGUGCUGCCACAAAGCGAGACUUUCCUAGCAGUGGCGACUUGGAUAAGCGCAGGAGACCACACGAGCAGGGGGAAAUAUUUUCUCCACGGAAAUGGAGCGAGGUGGUAAUUGGCCCAACUGGUAAUCCCCCCGAAGGAAAUGACAGAUGGGAAAAAAUAGAGAAAUGGGAAUUUCAAAAAAACAGCAUGCACAGAGAUACAAAUGAGGGAGAAAAAAUGCCGCACUUUGAUGAACAGCUAAUAAAAAAGGCGAACUUGCCCGGUACUCACUAUGACCAUAUUCCUGGGGAGGAAAAAAAAAAAAAAAAUUGGCUAGACAGCGAAAAUGGGUCUUACAAGCUAAACGGUGGAAGGAAAGGGGAGAAUGGGCCUACGCAGGGCAUCAAACUAACGGAGAAGAGCACCACCGCAGGGGGGGUUGACGAGAAUUUAAUUUGUAAUUGGGCGCUCGACACGUUUGAAGAUGACAAUUUAAGUUAUGGCCGUGUGUGCAAAUUUGAUGAUAGUCAAAAUUGCCUGAACGGGUCAGGCGAAAGUUUCUACACAAAUCGCCUGAACGGGUCAGAAGAAAGUUUCUACACAAGUCGCCUGAACAGGUCAAGCGAUGUCCGUCCCACGGGUGACCCUCAAGGAAGCGGAAACAUCGGGAGCUACUACAUGGAAAACAAAACCCGCAGUAUCCACAGCGAGGAGUGCCAAAAGGGGCAUCCCGCAAACGGUGGAAUUGACAAUAAUUGCAAUAAAGUGUUACCUGGAAGGGGCGAGGAAUAUUUUCACGUCGAGCGAAAUGGAUGGAAGGAAGACAGUUUUUACCUGAACAGUCAUAAUUUUGAGCACAUUUUUAACCAAAGUGCAAAUCAGCAAAGUCCACGUAGCUGCUACGAAAAAGACUUGCACAGUGACGGUUGGCCGAAAAGUCCAUUUUGCAAAAAUGACGAGGCGUACAAUGAGAACAAUUACAUACGCGAGGAAGAUACAUACGUUGAAAAUAAAAAAAAAUACAUUUGUGAGGAAAAAAAAAACAACGCAAAAAUGGACAUGUUAAAAAAAGUAACGACAUACGACCAAGUGUCAUCAUCAAAUCGCGUUUUCACAGAUGCCUACAUCAAUAAACAAAUAAAUGCAAUUUUUGGAGAUUGCAAAAAAGACGGUGAUUUAAGUGAAGAUAAUAUUGCACAAUUAGUUCAUGGCACUUUUGUGAGGGGGACAAAUUUCCUAUUUCGAAAAAGUAUUGACAUGGAAAUUGAGAAAAAGGAACAUAUGAAAUAUAACCCCACCACGCUUUUGCCAAAAAAUCAAUUUUUAAAAAAUAAUUUUAACCAUGAAAGUUACGACCAUUCGCAAAAAUUAAAUGGCCACAAUAACAACAUAUUGACGUUUAACGUUGCGCAAUACUUCUUGGAGGAUAACCAUCACGAAAAUUUUUCGUGCAAAAGCAUUCACGUUGGGUCAUAUGAAAGUAGGAAGUUUACCAACGCCACUACCAUCUCAGGACAGGGGCAGGGAAAUGACUUGCAAGAAUUUUUUCACUUUUGUGAUCAAAGCCAAGUUGGAAGUGAACCGAGAGAACGCCAAUUACAUGACUUGCUCGAAAUUUACGACAGAAACAAUUACACCAUUCCAGUUGAGGAAGCAACACAGGACGAAUUUCUGGAAAUCCACGAUACCAUUAAUGGCACAGGGAGGAAAGAAACUAGCAACAUGAAGGAUGAAUUUCGUGAGAUCCAUCACAAGGGGGAAGAUUCAGUUUUACACGUCGAAGAUGAAUUUCGUGAGAUCUAUCACCAGGGGGGAAAUUCUACCUUGCAGGUCGAAGAUGAAUUUCUGCACAUUCGUGAGAAAUUGCAAAGCAGUGGAGCUGGCCCCCAGGAGGACGAGUUUUUAGACAUAUACGACAAAAUUGUUAGCGCGAAGAGUGCGCAGGUUGGUGAAUCUUUGGAGAUCGGUGGCGGGGGGGAGAGGCAGUGGCAGCAGCAGCAGCAGCGGCAGCCUGAGGGUUGGGGAGAGCAAGUGGUCGGCAACGCUGAGAGGGAGUGCUUGGAAAAGGAAGACCGCAAUGGAGGUGUGCAAAGUGGGCAAAUCGGGCGAAGUGAACAAAUUGGGCAAACUGCUCAAAAUGGACAUAGCAACCAGUGCGACCAACUGCGCCAGAGCCGGGGAAGCCACUUUACGCCCAGCCACAAUGCGAGGAAAAAGUUUAAGCAAAGUGAACCCCCCGAUCUGUUGGAAGAUCCCCCCCAGGGAAAUAACAGCUCCGUGAGCGAGAGACCCAAAAGUUUCUCUUCAUUCACGUAUGCUUCUGGGAAGGAAGUGAACAUAAAUAAGGAUGUGCUAAACGAAAUGAGGAAAAAACUGUUCGGCGAUGACGAUGAGGGAGAAGGGUGCAUUACCAGGGAGGCAAUUCCGACCGAGGGAAGCACCCAAGUCAGACCUAGUAGCAGUCACAAUUACCCAUUUAGGAGCGUGCAGUUGCCCAGUGAAAGUGCCCCCCCGAGCAGUGGCAAGGAGCACAAGUCGUUCACGUACGCCUCUGGGAAGGAAGUGAGCAUAAACAGGGACGUGCUGAAUCGGAUGCGGGAGACGCUAUUCGGGGAUGACCCCGACGUUGGCGAAAUUAGCGCUGUUAGCGGCGUUGGCGGUUUUAGCGGCGUUGGCGGCUUUAGCGCUGUUAGCGUCCUCAGCGGCAAUGCUAAUAAUAGUAGCAGCAACAGCCGUAACGGUGACGAUGCGGGCGCGAGGGAGCGGCCGCUCGGCUCCUUCGCGUACGCCUCCGGGAAGGAAGUGAACAUUAACAAGGACCUGCUAAGCCAAAUGAGAGACAAGCUGUUCGGGGACGACGAGCACCAUGAGGACGCCGCCGCCUCCCUAGACAACUUGAAAAAAAAAAAAAAACACGUGGAUCUCAUUUUCGGAAAUGGGGAUAAAACUGCACACAGAGAUGAGCCUCAGUUGGGGUAUGCCCCCCUCACGUUAGCACACCCAUCGGGGAGGGAAGAAGACAAAGGGGUGGAGGAGGCGGAGAGUAGGGGGUCCCACUUUAGCAACGCGAACAAGGUGAAUCUGCCUGAUGGGUCAGAGGAUGACAAGCAUGUUAUCGCAGAACAGAGGGGAAUCAAAGUGGAAGAGGAGGUUAAGAAGAACGAAGAGAGUGAGAAACUGUCUGUAUGCAGGGACCCCCAGUCGAAGGGCAUCAAAGUGGAGUGCUCUCAAAAGGGCAUUCCGCCAGGAUUGAGGGACCAAACAGGAGGAACCCUUCACGAAGGGGUACGCGUAAAGGAAGAGGAACUGUACGAAUCGGAGGGUUACAACGAAAUUACAAACACGGAGGUGAAUCUGUUGCACAGGGUAGAAUAUAAGGGCACCUCUGCAGAGGGUGGAAACGCUUCGAAGAGGAGAGUGGGCAGACAAAUGUUGAGGAGUGAUGUGAAGAGCAAAAAUAGUUUUGUUAACCCGAGGAAGCGUAAGUUAAGCGAAGAAGAGAGCGGGGCGCAGUGGACUCACGAAAGGGGAGAAGCUAACCACACGAAUGGGACAAAUAUCACUUCAACUGGUAAGCAAAACAAACAACUCGAUUUAAGCCUCAACUUGAGGGACCACUUGAAGCUGAUAAGAGAUAUCUACACCCUUUUGGCGAAGAGGAAAAGGUUAAAAGGGAACAGACGAUUGACAAACACCCUCAUGUAUGUGAAUGAAAAUAAACGAGGGUGUACAUUUAACUGGUGCGAUAAUGACUACUUAUAUUUUCUAAAAAACGAACAGCUGAAUGAGUACUACACGGCUGACGUGACUGUCCUGUACGAGCUCUUCGUGCUGACCACGAAGCAGCUGAACAUUUUCCAUUCGUAUGAUUUUGCCUGGUUUUUGAAGAAGUUCAAGUUGGUAACCAUGGCGCUGGUGCGUAGGUACACGAAGGAGCUCCACAGGAGGUACAACCUGGUGCGGGAGGGGGUACACAGUGUUGAGGGGGCACACAAUGGUGAGGGGGAGGGGUCCCAUCCCUGUAGAAGUUACUUCCACGAAGGGAUAGCACAUUUCGGGGAGAUUCCCUCAGAUUGCAGGAGUGAGGAAAAGCGCGCCCUGAAGAGGGAACGCGGCAGCGUCGUUAAACCGCUUCUUAAGGAUGAGCGGCGUGAAGAGGGUUACACUACUCCCAUCGCAGAGGGGUGCACCUAUGGGGAGACACCGGGGGUAGGUCCCCGUGUGAAGAGUGAAUUUUUGAGUGGGGAUCUCCCAACCGGUUCGACCUUCCGAGGAGGUAUGCAUCACUGCGGGGUGAACAUAGGGAAUGGAGCGAUUGGGACGGUCCUCAGAGGAGGCGUGCCCAGAGGAGACGUGGCCGGGCUGCCGCCCCUGCGCGAAUUGGGACAAAUUGGGAGGCCCCCCCAGCGCACGCUCACCAUUCGAACCGUCGACGAGGUGGAGCCCCCCUCCCCAAUCGAGUUCAUGUUCAAACUGCUAAAGAGAUACGUAGAGGAGAGAAAAAACAAAAAGUCCAUCCUGCAGAUGAUGCAGGAUAACACCGUGUCGUACAGAGUCCCCGUAAAUCUGCGCGUGGAAAAAAUUAUAAAAAGAGAGGACAAUGAAUUUGUUUUCAUUUUGAGUGACAAUUUCGAGUACAUACACUGCACUGCGAAAGAUGCUUAUUUAAAAAAUCUAAUCAUGUCAAAUAGAAUAAAGCAAGGCAACGUGUUAAGGAUUAAUGCCCUAGAUUUAUACAAGACAGAGGAGCAAAACCAGAGUGAGGGCUGGAAUAAGCCCGCCAUGCUGUUUGCCCUUUCGAGCAACGACUUGAUCGAAAUAGACCAACAGAAUCAGCUACGAGUAGGGCUGACAAAAUAUAGGGCCAAAAGAAUUAAGCAUAUUGAGCACUGGGGGAACUCUUGCUUCUUUGUAGAUGUAAUAAUCAUCAGCAAGAGUGAUUUUUCCUACGGGUUCUAUGAUUCCGUAAAGAAGAGGUACUACCUCCUACACAGCAAUGUGUACGAGAAGAUUAUCUACAACUUGAGGCACGAAAUGAGCAAACUCCUGCAGGAGGAGAACUUUCAGGAGGAUGCUCGGUACACGAAAGUGAAGAACGACUUGAGCAUGUUCCUCGAGGCCACUUCCUUCUGCGCCGUGCAGGCCAUAGACUUCGCGGCCUGCGAGCGGAUAAGGGGCGCGGCCUCUCUGGAUGACAAGAUCGAGCACGUCAUCAACUCGCUGUGCCGGGUGAAGCUCGUCCGGAUGGACAUGGAGACGUACGAAGGCCUGCGGCGGGGCAGCCGCAUCCAGCUGUUCAACGUGUACGUGCAAAAGUCAAGCAGGAACAACAAAUUCAGUCAGGUGCUGGGCGAAGACAUUAUGGACGACUUCAUUUACGAGACGUUCCAGGGGGGCAGCAAAGCUAACCACAUGAAGAAGGCAAUCAAUUAUGACUCUUUUGAGUCCCACUUUUUUAAAAAGGAGAUGGAGGGAAGGAAUGGGGCUAAUGGAGGAAGCAACCCGGAUGAUCGCCCAGAUGGCCACCUAGAUGAUCGCCCAAACGACCAAUCGGAUGACUACCCAUAUGACCACCCAGAUGACCGCCCAUAUGACCUCCCGGAUAACUACCUGCAGAACCCAUUCAGCGGGUUCCUGGGGAGAGGCAAAAAGUACUCGCCCAUAGUCCUUCAAGCCACCCACGCCACGUACAUCAAUUUGGAUGACAAGUAUAGGAGCAAACUGUUCGAAGAGCUUAACGACGGGGUGGCCUUGCAGAGUACCGCACAAGGGAACCAAUCUGGAAGGAAAAGUCAAAUCAAAGUUAAGAGAGAGGAGCAGCAGGUCUGCUACCCGUCGUUUAUCUACACAAACGUUUUUAAAAUCCCCGUUUUGUCGAGGAUCCACAUGGCCCUUUUGAGAAACUACGCCAAGAUGAAUGCGAGCGGGAAAAGUUUCUACUACGAUUUGAUUCAGGGCAAUUUCUACACCCUCUCGGGGGUGAUAGUGCACUACACGGACGUCGAAAUGAAGGUAAACUGGGAUGAUCGGGUUGAGCGGGAUGAUCAGGAUGAGCAGAUUGAGCAGUAUGAAGUUGUCGACUACGCCUGCGCGGAAGACAAGAAGAACAUUUUGUUUUACAAAGUUUUUCUCCUGACGUCCAACGGAAACCUAUGCUGCGUAAACAUUUCAAUGAUUUCUCCCGACUCCUUAAUCUCGACGUACAGGAAAGACUUCGAGUGCAAGGAGAGAGAAAUGCUUAAAAAGAUGAUUCACGUCCAGCAUGUAGAGUCCAGCGGGGCUCAGAAGGGCGGACAGAAGAGGGGCCAAGCAGACAGCAGAAAUGCGGCUAACAAUAAUGGGAACCAUUUGUACAAUUACUUGUACAAGGUGGAGAGAAAGAACAAGGAGAGUGCCUCCAAGGAGGACGUGGCCAACAAAAAUGUGGACGUUUUUAUAUUUUUUAAAGAUGUGGAGUUUAUCAAUUAUGAUGAGAAGUACGACAUUUACAACUUCCGAUCGUACAACCACCCGCACUUUCACCCCCCGAGGCUGUACUCGAACGAGUUUGAGCACACAAAAAGGAGCAUAGCCGAGUUAAUCAGAGGGAAGUACAUCGAAUGUGAAAAGAACAGACUAGUCGUGAAACUAUCCACCAGCUGGAAAAUAAAAAUCGAAAAAGACAAUCUGCCCUGCAUGCAUUUCUUUUAUUUGCUUAUUUACUCAAAAUCGAAAUCCAUUGAAUUGACUGGAGUUCGUCUUAAGAACAAUUACUUGUCCGCCUUCUUGAAGAACAUGUGGACUGUGUUUGUAAAGUAA